AAACUGUCAUAUUUUACUGGCAUAAUUGCUAAAGAAUAUCAGACUUCUUUGGGCCACCUUUUGAAUUCCCCCACAAAAUGCCCCCAAUGUUGUGAAAAGCUUGUGUUGCUCUAUUUGCCAAGGCUGGUCCCAUAAAUUCCACGUGAUCUCUUAACUAUUCUGGAGCCACCCAGUCAAAAGUCUCCUGCUGGCUCCCGCUUUCCACGUUUCCUUCAGAGCUCUAGGUCCUGAUGAUGGCAGACCAGCUAUUAAAAGAAAUUGAGGCUGCAGGCAUCACGGACCUAUCAGAAAAGAGGUCCCUGGUGAUAAAAUGGGUAAAAGGGCUGUUCCCAGGUGUGGAGGUGGUCACCACAGAAACCCUUCAGCAGUGGAUGAAGGAAAAACCAGAGGAGCUGAUCAUUCUUGUAAGUAGCAACUUCUUGCUGGCAGGAAUAGUUAAACUGCGGAACUCCCUUCUGCAGGAGACCACCAACCUAAAUGGCUUUAAAAAGAUGAUUAGGCAAAUUCAUGGAGAAGAGGGCUAUUGAUGGCUACUAGCCAAGGUGCCUAUGUUCUGCCUCCACAGUCGGAGGCAGAGCGGUCAGGAGCCGCCAGGAACAGGUGGUCAGCUAAAAUGAAUUGAAGGCUUCAGGGCCAACUGUAUCCAUAAAGGGACUGAUGUACAGUGGUACCUCUGGUUACGUACUUAAUUCUUUCCGGAGGUCCGUUCUUAACCUGAAACUGUUCUUAACCUGAAGCACGACUUUAGCUAAUAGGGCCUCCCACUGCCGCCGCACCUCCGCCGCACGAUUUCUGUUCUCAUCCUGAAGCAAAGUUCUUAACCUGAGGUAAUAUUUCUGGGUUAGUGGAGUCUGUAACCUGAAGCGUAUGUAACCCGAGGUACCACUGUACUCUCAGAAUCUCUGAUGAUUAAUAGAAGGUUAGAGAGAUCAAAAGUUCGUAUUUUUUCGCAAAGGGAGAAUUGGGGAAAUAUGACCUGUCUGGCUUAAAGACUAGGAAAGAUAUGAAAGUGGUCAGCUUGGAAGCAUCUAGAUAACAUUGCAGUGAUGAGUAGGAGGUAUGGUUCUGACAAGGAUAAAUCUUGACAAAUAUUGCCUUUUGAUUUCCUGUCCUAGUGGACUGUUGUGGGGGGGGUGUUGCUGUGGGUGCAAUUUAUCUUGUAUUCAGUAAAGCACUUGAUAUUUUGGUUAAAUGUGGGGUAGGUGAUAGCACCACCAGGUGGAUUCACAGCUGACUGGGAAACACCCCUCAACCAAAAAAAGUAUAUUUCUCAUCAAUGGUUCCUCAUCCAAAGAGAGGGAGGUUUCUACAAAAUCUGGGCCACAAAUUUAGAAAUGGAUGCAGCCCAGUCCUAUGCCUGUUUAAUCAGGAGGACGGCUGACUGAGUCCCAAAGCAGGCCUGGGAUUGCAGGAGCAGCAGCACCCAGCUUCUUCCCAAAGGAAUGCUUUUCAAGGCACAAGGGUGUUUGAAGUGGGAUGGGGACAGCCUUGGGGAUUCCUGUGGCACUGGGCAUCCCCAAUAUGUUGAUGCCAGGCCUCCCAGAGCACAUACUCUCCAACAUUUCUCUCAUGAAAAUAGGGACGUCCCAUUCCACAAUGAUAAUUUUACUAUUUAUACCCCACACUUCUUACUGGGUUGCCCCAGCCACUCUGGGCAGCUUCCAAUAUAUAUAACAGCAUAAUAAAACAUUAAACAUUAUAUAGGAUUGCCUUCAGAUGGCUCCGGCGUUGGAUAGCGCCAUACCCUUCAACAGUUCUCCAGUGAAAAUAGGGAUAUCCUAAGGAAAAGUGGGACAUUCCAGGAUCAAAUCUGGAAUCAGUGGCCUCCCUGGAAAAUAGGGACACUUGGAGGGUCUGAGAGCAUUCCCAGCAACCCUUUUCUUCCUUGUCUCGCUUCAGAUAUACAAAUGCUUCAGAUCGCAGAGCCUCCGGACCCCAUUAAAGAGUUUCAUUUUCAUCCCAGUCACGUUUCCUAUUGUGGGCCUUCAUUCAUGAGCCCAGGAGAUAUUGCCAGGCUCUCCUCCUCCUCUGUGGGUCUGUUUGAAUGAGGCUUGGUUGCAAGACCUUCUGCUCCACAAAGGGGUCAGGACACCCAUGGCUGCUUCUCACUGCAUUUCAAGGUGAGAAAGUGCCACAGAAAGGGCCUCUAUUGAUAGCCAAAAUCUGAGUUGCCUACUGACCCAGAUUCUCCCCCCUACAUCAGGAGGCUAAAACAACCUCUGUGGUGUAACCCACAGACUCAAACAAGCAGGAUUUCACUGGACAUUCCUUCGGUAUGUUAUUUUUAAAAACUGCCAUUUAUACAACAGCCUCAACGUGUCCUUUUUAGAAACGGUUUUGCUAUUUUUGCACGAGGAGAUAUCGUGUAACUGUUUUAAGCGGCAUCCUAUAAUCUUCCCCAUUCCAAGAAAGCGUUUAUGAAAUGAGUUUUAGAAAGGCUUCUCCUGCUGACUUAUUCUUAGCUUUUGUUAACAUGGCAGGAGAGGGUGUCUCUUUACACAAAGUGGUUUUAGCAGUUGAGAAACUAUCAUCUUCACAAAGCAAAGAAUGCCAUCCCUCCCCAGUAAACACAGCCUCUUCCUCUGGCUAAAAUGAGGUGGGGGCAGCCCACCAGACAAACCACAAGCUCACUUUCCCACGUGGGACUUCAGGGGACAGCGCCCGGCAGAUGCUUUGGCCCUCCGCUGGGCCAAAAUAAACGGCAGCGUUUUCUAUUCCAGGCCACCCAAGCCAGGCCAAUUUUUGCUUUCUUAAAGGAUAAAAUAUGCAGGACAAAGAUGGACCCAAAAGUUGCAUCUGUUCUCUAAAACUAGCUUAGCUGAACAUGCAAGAGAAUAAUAGAAUCAUAUAAUUGUAGAUUUGGAAGGAUCAUCUAGCCCAACCCUUUGCAAUGCAGGAAUAAGCAGUUGUCCCACACAGGGAUCAAACCUGCAACUAUGGCAAUAUCAGCACCACACUGAGCUGUUCAGUAUAUGACUGUUAAUAAAUUGAAUGAGGCAGCUAAUUUAGGGUGUCGUCUUGAAAGGGCAGCUACACUAUUACUUUUUAAUUUAUAAUUAUUGUGUUUUUACUCCCAGGUCAAGGUGAUUGUGGAACUUUCUGGUCAAAAUGAUGUAGCCAACUUUGGGUACAAUGCUCCUUGACAGGUGUGAGUGUGACAUUGGCUGCUAAGAACAUUAGAAGAGAUUUGUAUCUGGUUCAGGGCAAAAGCGGGCUCACCUAGUCCAGCAUCCUGUUCUCACGGUGGCCAACCAUAUGCCCUAAAGGAAAGCCCACAAGCAAGCAGAGCCUGAGUUCAACAGCAGCAGUCCUGCCCCUGAGCUCCUCUUGUGAUUCCUAGCAACUGUGUCCUUUUCCACUUCAGGCAAGAAAACCAUUUGGAGCUAGGCCUGGACUUUAGGUCAGAGGGUCUGGCUGCUGCACCAGAAAUGGGGGAAGCCCUGGCAAUCUCCUGUAACAUUUUACGGUUGACCCCGUUAUUCCACCUGGCUCCAUUUUGCUGCUGCUGUGUACUGUGUUCAUUUACUUUCAAGGGGACGAAUUCAGGAGCAUUCUGGGAAAUUAACCUGGCUCUGUCAUCCUGUUGACUGAACUGAAUCCGCUUGCCCAAAGCUUAUCUAGAGGAAUGAAAUGAUGUUUGAUUGCAAUGUUGACAUGUCUCCCUAUGAAAUAUACUCAGAGUCGCAAAGUGAUUUCAUGCUCUUAAUUCAGCUCAUAGUGGUGAGGAGGAAUGAAUGAAUGUCCCCUCACAGUAUCUGCUUUAUAUACAUUAUUUACACAAUGGGCUGCACAUGAUUGGCUAAUUCUGGAAUUCUACUGUAAGCCAAUCAGGUUGUGGAUUCACUUCUAUCUGGAGCAGGAUUGGGUGGUUCCUGCCAACCAAUCAUACUGCUGCAUUGUUCUAGGACCAAUCAGACUGCUGCAUUUUGGAUCCUAUUGUUCUAGGACCAAUCAGACUGCUGCAUUUUGGAUCCUAUUGUUCUAGGACCAAUCAGACUGGUGCAGUUUGGAUCCUAUUCAACUCAGUACAUAACACCCUAGUAAACAUUUUGCUCAACCCCCCCCCCCUUUCCCAGCACAUUUCCCAUCACUUCCCAAACUGCAAACAGCCAGGGGGUUUGUCUUUUUAAAGUGGAUUUGUUGCACCAUGGCAACAGAUUGCCUGAAUUUCUGGUAGAUGCUCAGAUCCCUCCCACAAAAUCCUGGCAGUCUUGGGGGUGCCCAAAGUGACAGGGAAAUGCCAUAAAAAGCUUGGAAUGAAUUGGUGAUUAACAAGAAAGGCAUAUAAAGAGCCCACAAUGGAAUCAGGAUGAAUGCAGGAUAGAUGCGCAUUGUCACAUGUAACCUCCCCACAAGCAAAUUGGAAUGAAGGCCAAGAACAUUCCCUACAAAAAUGUGAAAAGAAGACAAGAAUAAUGAAGCAGCAUUUUUGCCUUAUAAGGGGUCCCAGGCUGAGGGGAGGCAGGAGGCAAGGCAAUUGCUCCUAGAUGACUCCAACAGUCUCUCCUCUGACAUGUCCACGUUUGUAGGACACCCCUCUAGUUUGGGGGAGGGGACAAGUAACAAAUAGAGAACAGGGGAUGUUCUGAUUUUUCCCAUGAUAGACUACUUGUGUGGUUUGUUUUUUUUAAUAUCAAAUUCAUUUGUUUUUGGUGCUGAUGCUUUGCUGGAGCCCUAAGCAUGUGGUUAGCCUGCCUGUUGGGGGUCCAACACUGGGGUUAUGCAUUUUUUAAAAAGAGAGAGGAAAAAGUCGAUCUUUGGAACCAAUCACAUUCUCACAAUCAACCCACCAUAGUGUCCCAGCAUUCCAAAGAGAAUGAUGGGGCCCAAAAAUGUCCUUUUGACCUAUGUGGUCCCUGGGGCUGACCUACUGCUGCCUUGCCUUCUACCUUAGGACUGGGCUUGGCCCGAGAGGCACCCGUUGUGUGCCAGAAUGAAGAGCAGUGUUGGGGAGCCCAGAAAGAAGGCCAAGGAGGCCCCCUUCUCCGUUUGACUCAGGCCAGGUUCAAUUCCAGGGCUCAGGUUGCCAGAGGGGCCAGCGCCUCUCUUUAGAAUCAGCCCUUGCAGCCAACCAGUCUCCUAGCUGGGCCCAGCCAACAGAAGCGUCUCUUUGCUCUCCUUCAGGUCAUACUGACACAACCGCACCACAGAUAUUUUAAGCCUCCACUGCUUGAAAUAAACGCUGCUCGAUUUGCAAGUUGGUUUUGUACAGCAGGCUCUUUUCCAACCCCUGGCAACACAAGUGUGUGCGGUUGUGUCAGUCUGGUCCCUAUGGACGUUGUUAGUGCCAGUCUCCAAAACAAAUACCCUGAGGGUGCUUUCAGGCACGAGACAGGCUGACUUUGUGGCUCAUUUUGCAAAUUUGUGCCUGGUAGGCAUGAAUAGCCCUCUUCUACAUGAAUUUGUCUAAUCCUCCUUUAGAGCCAUCCAGGCUGGUGGCCAUCACUGCCUCCUGAGGGAGGGAGUUCCACAGGUUAACAAUGCAUUGCCCUGAAUCCCACAACACUCCACUUCAUAGGAUGUUCUCAAGUUAUAGUGUUAUUAGAGAGGAAAGAAGACUUUUCUCGAUCCACUUUCACCAUGCUUUGCAUCAUUUUAUAUACUUCUAUCAUGUCACCACUUACUUGCUUUUCUCUAGGCAAAAACAUCCCAAACGCUACUACCUUUCCUCAUAGGAGAGUCGCUCUAUCCCCUUAAACAUUUGGGUUUCCCUCUACUGAACCUGUUCCACAGCUGUUCCACCCUCCCUGAAUUCAUGCUGUCAAUAAACUAUAUCCAUCACACCCCAAUAUCUCUUUCUGGAUUAGUCAAAUCUAGAUUAAUCAUUCUUCUUUUUUUACUCAGUUUACAUCUCUUUGCAGCAGCUUUCCUGACUCGUCAGUUGUCCAGUUUGGACAGCUGCUCCCUUGGGAGCUCUCCAGAAGACCCCUUCUUCGGAUUUCAUCAUCGUGAACCGUAUGGGGCUGAUCCACAAACUUUGGGCACAUCCCUUCAGCUCACAGAGACUCAGAGAAUUGUAGAGUUGGGAGGGAUCUCCCCAAGAGUCAUCUAGUCCAGCCCUGCAUGCAGGAGUCACAGCUAAAGAAUCCCCAGUGCAUGGCCAUCCAACCUCUCUCUUAAAACCUCCAAUGAAUAAGUGUCCAACUUCUUCCAAGGGAGUCCAUUCCUCUGUAGAACAGCUCUCACUUUCAAUUCUGGUCAUAAACGUUCAGUCACAACAGUCUGGUUUACUGCUUAGUCCACUCUCCUGUGAAUGCUGUAUUAUCUAUUUCCCUUUACCCUCCUUCCAAUAACAGAACCUUCUUCCAAACUUUAAGGGAACCUCUGCUCUUGUUCCUUUGCAAAGAAGCAUUUUUCAGGAGCUGUUGAGGAGUCACUGUGUCAAUAUUUUGUAAGCACAAGUAUAUUGCUUGGGAUUCAUUCAUUCAUUUUACUUCAUUUCUACCCCACCUUUUCUCCUCAAGCAGCACUGGGUGGUGCGUACCUGGUUCUCUGCCUCCUCAUUUAAUCUGCACAACAAUCUUGUGAGGUAGGUUAGGCUGAGAGAGUGACUGGUGAGCCAGCAAGCAUCAUGGCUGAGUGGGGAUUUGAACGCCGGCCUCCCAGGCCUAGUCCGAUACCACACUGGAUCUCUAUUGGUUUUAUUGUAUGGGGAGUGUAAGCAUCAUCCAUCCGCCCGCCCCUGCCCCCCAUCUGUCUGAGAAUAAAUCGGUAGGCUUCUGGUGUGAGAGAGUGCAUGCAGCACAUUAAAGUGAAAAAGGAUUUGCUUUCACUUGCUUGCCAGAACAGUAGAAUGUGUCUGUCGUAUGGAAGUGGGAGAACCCUUUUGAAAAGAGUAACCCUAUCAAACAAAGUGGGGCUUACUUCUGAGGAGGCUUACCAAGGAUUGGGAAUUCUAACCUCAGCCAACCCAGGUGCAAAUGGAAGCAGGGCAGUCUUUAUUCCAGAUUAUCGCUAACCCAGAAUACUUUUCGUCCUGGUUCUGCCCUGCUAGAAUGCAGCCUUUUGCUUUGGCCCACUUCCGGGUCCAAGAAUUACUUAACACAGAAUUCACCCAGAAACCUUCAGAGAUUCUCUCCUGCAAAGGUCAGGCAAAAUUUGCAGAGAGUUUCACUUGCAAACAGGCCAUGGAAAGAGGGUGUGCAUAGAAGAUGCUUAUUUAUAACCAGCCGAGGACACAAGCUGCAAUUUCUCGACUCUUUCUCUGUCAUUAGGCAGCAGGAGCAGCAGUAAGAUCAUAGGGAUUCCUGCAUAGAACAGCAGAGCCUUGAUUAGAGGUUUGGCUGAUCUGGCCACCAGUUGUACUGAGGGUUGGGAGUAGGGAAGGGAGCAGCAGGUGAUGCUGCGGAGCUCACAAAAGCUCCAUUGUAUGAAUGCCUCUGAAUCGUAGACUUGUAGAGUCGGAAGGGACUCCCAAGGGGCAUCUAGUCCAACCCCUUGCAAUGCUGUAAUCACAGCUCAAAAAUCCCUGACAGAUGGCCAUCCAACCUCUGCUUAAAACCCUCCAAAGAAGGAGAGUCCACCACCUUCCAAGGUCAUCUGUUCCACUGUUGAAUGGCUCUUACCAGUGCUUUUUUUCUGGGAGGACACAGGGGUAUGCAUACCCCUAAACAUUUCAUGAAUCUAAGUUUGGCCCCAUUGAGGGGCAGUAUUUCAAUAUGAGUAGGAAAAUGAGAGUACCCCUAAACAUUUUUUUUAAAGAAAAAAAGCACUGGCUCUUACUAUCACAAAGUUCUUCCUAAUGUUGAGUCAGAAUCUCCUUUCCUGUCAUUUGAAUCCACUGGUUUGGGUCCCCUGCCUCCGGAGCGGCAGAAAACAAGCUUGCUCCAUCUUCCAUGCGACAGCUCCUUGGGAAUUUGAAGAUGGCUGUCAAAUCAGCGCUCAGUCUCCCCCAGGCUAAACACACCCAACUCCCUCAACUCAUAAGGCUUGGGCAGCUCCAGCGGGCAGGACUAGGAAGCCAAUUUCAGCCAAACAUUAAACACCAAACAUGGUUGUCACCUACUAGUCAUUUUGCUCUUUUCUUCUUGUUGCCUCAGGACACUCGGACUUCAGCGGAGUUUGACGUCAGCCACUUGCCGGGUGCCAUUUUGGUUCCCCCCGAAGCAGAUGCCUUGCUGGAGUUUUUCAAGACACGGCUUGCGCCAGGUAUAGCCAACUCCUCAUGUGGUGAGAUCCUCACAGUCUUGCCAGCAGGACUCUGGCAGGGGUUCUGUGGUGGGACCAUCUCAUCCAUCAGGCGGGAGAACCUGGUUAACUUCUCCACACAAAUCAUGAAGGCACUAAUGCUUCUAAAUAAAUGAUGUAAGAUAUAAUAAUAUUAAUAAUUUUUUUAUUUAUACCCCGACCUCCCUGGCCAGAACCGGGAUCAGGGUAGCUAACACCAAUAAAAUUACAAUAAAACAUAAUAGGAAAGGAAAGGAAAAAAACACUAUAUAGGAUAAAUAGUGUAUGAUAUACUUCUUUUCUUCUGUUCUCUCUAAGCUUUUUUUUUUAACUUUAUUAUGUUCAAUUGAAAUACUCUCAAUAAAAAAAUUAAAAGUAAAAAAAUGAAAUUAAAAAUGUAUUACGUUUUGGAACAGCAAUUUUCAAGAUCAAUGGCAAUCCACGAUGCUUCCUUCCAGCCUUCUCGUUUAUACACAUAUUUUGUUAUUUAUAACUGUCCUGAUGUUUUGCAAUUCUCUUUUCGCAACAAGACGAAACCAGCCCUUUCUCUCUAUGGACGCAGAAUGAAUGGGUUUGGGGUCUGCAAGGCCUAAGGCUUUAUGGCAGAAAGCCAUUUCUCCCAUAUAUCUAUAUCUAUAUCUAUAUCUAUAUCUAUAUCUAUAUGGAGAGUCAGCCUGAAGGUGGGCGAAAAGGUGAAAAGUUUAAAGCGUGAAGGAAGUGCACGUGGAAUGUUUGAAGGCUUUUAACCAGCAGUGCUGUUUCCCUGUGUUUUUCCUACAAAGCUAGUUUCUUGUGAUGUCUAAUUAACCAGGUUGUAAUAACUCGGUCAUCCUGAUAAGAGCUGUUAAGUUCUGCUUGUGAGCAGCACACCCAUAAAUCAGCUCAGAAGAGUGUCAGGAUGAUGUGGGUUUUCUCCAGUCCAAUUAUGCAGACUUUUACUCUAAUCACUUUCCUCUCACACACAUCUCUGUCUCUUCCAGGGCGGGAGGAGGAGGGUCCCAGCAAGCCCAUCAUUUGCUACUGCACAGUGGGUUAUCGGUCGUCCAUGGCAGCUGAGCUCCUGGGCAGCUACUUCUCCAGGGAGGCUGGGAAGACCUGCAUGGCGUCGCCCAAGAUCUACAACGUCUGUGGUGGCCUGGUGGCUUGGGCCGUUGAACGGAGGCAGAUGGUGGACAAGCAGGAGAGGCCCACCUCGGUGGUACACCCCUACAGCCCCACCUGGGCCAAGCUGCUCGAGCCUGAAUUCAGGGCAGAGAUCUGAGGAGCAGCUUGAGCUGAGGCAGGGGGCCUUCCUGGCAAAUUAUUCCAAAGCAGCAGCAGCAGGUGACUGUCAGAACACACAAGCACCCACCCCAUCCUGAAAGUAGCAUUUCAAGGACUCUCAGGCGUUGCAAAAGAGACUUGCCAGACAGUUCAAGUCUUGCAGUGUUUGCAACAGAAUAUUUUGGGAAACAAAGCAGGGGCAAGCCAGUGUGGUGUAGUAGUUAAGAGCGGUAGACUUGUAAUCUGGGGAACCGGGUUUGAUUCCCCGCUCCUCCACAUGCAGCUGCUGGGUGACCUUGGGCUAGUCACACUUCUCUGAAGUCUCUCAGCCCCACUCACUUCACAGAGUGUUUGUUGUGAGGGAGGAAGGGAAAGGAGAAUGUAAACUGCUUUGAGGUUUUGCGCAAUCAGGCACUGUAUAAAGUCUAUGAAAUAAAGAAAUGAAAUAAAACGAUGGCUUAGAUUCCUCAAUUACAGAACUCCCUUGGGAAAUGAGGGCUGCAUGUUUCUACCACACGGG